AUGCACCAUUUGAUGUGGCGAGGUUGGAUCCUGGAUCGAGCCCCCAAAGCUGAUAUACUGAAUGGUGAGCCGAGGUUUUUCCUGAGGUCGUGCCUUGCAACACCGAAGAAUGAGCUCCAUGGACCACAAGAUUUACGUAAAACUGUGGAAAAUUUGUUACAGAUUCAGACUCCUCCCAAGGAGACAGGGGCCAAUAAUGGGCUGCCAGUUAAAGCCUUGUAUAGAUGCACCCGGAUUAUACCAAUCCAGGCUGAUUAUCUUCUCCGCCCUGGCCUGGACCCGCGGGCGAUUAACCACCCUCCGAGCGCUUCAGGUGUCAGGCAAAAGGUCCCAAAUCUCCCUGCCAUCCAUCACCUUCCAGCAGGAAAAAACAACUCAAAAGUAACAGCUGGAGAGUGCCAAUGUAAACAAAUUGCGGGAAACUUGAAAAGAUUUUAUUCCCUCAAAGUUGCUCCCAAAGUGAAAGUCACGCCUGCCCCUGCAGGAGCGCCUGUACAUCCUCAGGACCUUGAGUUUACCAAGUUACCAAAUGGUCUAGUGAUUGCGUCUCUGGAAAACUAUGCUCCUGCAUCAAGAAUCGGUCUGUUCGUUAAAGCUGGCAGUAGGUACGAGGACUCUAACAACUUAGGAACCUCUCAUUUGCUUCGUCUUGCAUCUAGUCUGACUACAAAAGGAGCGUCAUCUUUUAAGAUAACCCGUGGAAUUGAAGCAGUUGGUGGUAAAUUAAGUGUGACUUCAACAAGAGAAAACAUGGCCUACACUGUGGAAUGCCUGCGGGAUGACAUCGAAAUUCUAAUGGAGUUCCUGCUCAAUGUCACCACAGCACCUGAAUUUCGUCGUUGGGAGGUGGCUGCCCUUCAGUCUCAGCUGAGGAUUGACAAAGCUGUGGCUCUUCAGAAUCCACAGGCUCAUAUCAUUGAAAAUCUGCAUGCUGCAGCUUACCGAAAUGCCUUGGCUAAUUCCUUGUAUUGUCCUGAUUAUAGGAUUGGAAAAGUGACACCAGAUGAGUUACAUCACUAUGUUCAGAACCAUUUUACAAGUGCAAGAAUGGCUUUGGUUGGACUUGGUGUGAGUCAUGCUGUUCUGAAGCAAGUUGCUGAACGGUUUCUGAACAUGAGGGGUGGGCUUGGUUUAUCAGGUGCAAAAGCCAGAUACCGUGGAGGUGAAAUUCGAGAGCAGAAUGGAGACAGUCUUGUUCAUGCUGCCUUUGUAGCAGAGAGUGCUGCCACAGGAAGUGCAGAAGCAAAUGCAUUUAGUGUUCUCCAGCACGUCCUCGGCGCCGGACCACACGUCAAGCGGGGCAGCAACGCCACCAGCUCUCUGUACCAAGCUGUUGCCAAGGGGAUGCACCAGCCAUUUGACGUUUCUGCUUUUAAUGCCAGUUACUCGGAUUCUGGACUCUUUGGGAUUUAUACUAUCUCGCAGGCUGCAGCUGCUGGAGAUGUUAUCAAGGCAGCCUACAACCAAGUCAAAGCAAUUGCUCAAGGAAACCUUUCCAGCACAGAUGUCCAGGCUGCCAAGAACAAGCUGAAAGCUGGGUACCUAAUGUCAGUGGAGUCUUCGGAAGGUUUCCUGGAUGAGAUCGGGUCUCAGGCUCUCGUCGCUGGCUCCUACGUGCCACCACCCACAGUCCUUCAGCAGAUCGACUCAGUAGCGGAUGCUGAUGUCAUAAAUGCUGCAAAGAAGUUUGUUUCUGGCCAGAAGUCAAUGGCAGCAAGUGGAAAUUUGGGGCAUACACCUUUUGUUGAUGAGCUGUAAACCUGAAACACAUUGUAGGAAAGAGCUGGACAUUUUCUCAACCGAGAGCAGCAAACACAUGGAAGUUCCACGUCUGUAAUGUAACAUUGUCUUGAUUUUCAAUGAGGUGAAAAAUCUUAAAAAGUAUAAAUGCAGGUAAUUGUUCCCUGCUUACCUAAAGUCAAUAAAAUAUUCUAAGUGUUU